GGCGGAGGCGGCUAAAUCCGGUGGCACAGCGGCCAGGCAGUCGAGCAGCAGGAAGUGGCCUCUCUUUCCCGGAACCCCACUGCCUUGUGGGACCGUGGCUGGUUCCUCUGGCCUGGGCAGGUUUUCUGGGCUCCGCUCCACCUCCCUCCUCCGGUACGGAAGCUGAGAGGGUGCGCGGACAGUCAUGGCGGCGCACCUCAAAAAGCGGGUGUACGAAGAAUUCACUAAGGUGGUUCAGCAACAACAGGAGGAAAUUGCUACUAAGAAACUUCGACUGACAAAACCAAGUAAAUCUGCAGCGCUUCACAUAGAUCUGUGUAAGGCUACCUCCCCAGCAGAUGCUUUGCAGUACCUACUUCAGUUUGCUAGGAAGCCUGUCGAGGCAGAAAGUGUGGAGGGAGUAGUCAGGAUUCUCUUGGAACAUUAUUACAAGGAGAAUGAUCCAUCGGUGAGACUGAAAAUUGCAUCACUGUUGGGUUUACUGUCAAAGACAGCAGGAUUUUCACCGGACUGCAUUAUGGAUGAUGCCAUUAACAUCCUGCAGAAUGAAAAGUCUCAUCAAGUCCUAGCUCAACUGUUGGAUACUUUGCUUGCAAUUGGCACUAAACUCCCAGAGAAUCAAGCUAUCCAGAUGCGACUAGUUGAUGUAGCCUGCAAGCACCUGACAGAUACCUCUCAUGGUGUAAGAAAUAAGUGCCUGCAAUUGCUUGGCAAUCUUGGUUCUUUGGAGAAAAGUAUCACAAAAGAUGCAGAAGGCCUAGCUGUCAGAGAUGUCCAGAAGAUUAUAGGGGAUUACUUCAGUGACCAGGACCCACGUGUGAGAACAGCAGCUAUAAAAGCUAUGUUGCAGCUCCAUGAAAGAGGACUGAAAUUACACCAAACAAUUUAUAAUCAGGCUUGUAAAUUGCUCUCUGAUGACUAUGAACAAGUGCGCAGCGCUGCAGUCCAGCUUAUCUGGGUUGUCAGUCAGCUCUAUCCCGAAAGUAUUGUCCCAAUUCCUUCUUCUAAUGAAGAAAUUCGCUUAGUUGAUGAUGCAUUUGGAAAAAUUUGUCACAUGGUCAGUGAUGGCUCCUGGGUGGUUCGAGUUCAGGCUGCAAAGCUCUUGGGUUCUAUGGAGCAAGUCAGUUCUCAUUUCUUGGAACAGACGCUUGACAAGAAGCUGAUGUCAGAUCUGAGGAGGAAACGCACUGCACAUGAACGUGCCAAGGAACUUUACAGUUCGGGAGAGUUUUCCAGCGGCAGGAAGUGGGGAGAUGAUGCUCCCAAAGAAGAAGUAGAUACGGGGGCUGUGAACUUGAUCGAGUCAGGAGCUUGUGGAGCCUUUGUUCAUGGAUUGGAAGAUGAGAUGUAUGAGGUCCGCAUUGCUGCUGUAGAGGCGCUCUGCAUGCUAGCCCAGUCUUCACCCUCUUUUGCUGAGAAGUGCCUUGAUUUCCUGGUUGACAUGUUUAAUGAUGAAAUUGAAGAAGUACGUCUACAGUCCAUACAUACUAUGAGAAAAAUCUCUAACAAUAUCACCCUUCGAGAGGAUCAGCUUGACACUGUCCUGGCUGUGUUAGAGGAUUCAUCCAGAGAUAUUAGAGAGGCUCUUCAUGAACUCUUAUGCUGUACUAAUGUUUCAACCAAAGAAGGGAUUCAUCUUGCACUGGUGGAGCUGCUGAAAAAUUUAACCAAGUACCCUACUGAUAGGGACUCCAUAUGGAAAUGCUUGAAGUUUCUGGGAAGUCGACAUCCAACCCUGGUGCUUCCCUUGGUGCCCGAGCUGCUGAGCACCCACCCGUUUUUCGACACAGCUGAGCCAGACAUGGAUGAUCCAGCUUAUAUUGCUGUUUUGGUUCUUAUUUUCAAUGCUGCUAAAACCUGUCCAACAAUGCCUGCAUUGUUCUCAGAUCAUACCUUCAGGCACUAUGCCUACCUCCGAGACAGUCUUUCUCAUCUUGUUCCUGCCCUGAGGUUACCAGGUAGAAAACUAGUGUCAUCAGCUCUUUCUCCCAAUAUCACACCUCAUGAGGAUCCUUCCCAUCAGUUCCUGCAGCAGAGCCUUGAAAGGGUAUACAGUCUUCAGCACCUGGACCCUCAAGGAACCCAGGAGCUGCUAGAGUUCACCAUCAGGGAUCUGCAAAGACUUGGAGAACUUCAGUCUGAAUUGGCAGGAAUAGCUGACUUCUCUGCUACCUAUCUUAGGUGUCAGCUUCUUCUCAUCAAGGCCCUGCAGGAAAAGCUGUGGAAUGUGGCUGCCCCUUUGUAUUUGAAGCAGAGUGAUUUGGCUUCAGCAGCAGCAAAACAGAUCAUGGAAGAAACCUACAAGAUGGAGUUCAUGUAUAGUGGCGUGGAGAACAAGCAGGUGGUGAUUAUCCAUCACAUGAGGCUGCAGGCCAAAGCCUUGCAACUUAUAGUAACAGCACGGACUGCUCGAGGAGUUGACCCCUUAUUUGGGAUGUGUGAAAAAUUUUUACAGGAAGUGGACUUUUUUCAGAGGUGUUUCAUCACUGAUUUGCCCCACCUGCAGGACAGCUUUGUGGACAAACUUCUUGACCUCAUGCCCCGACUCAUGACAUCCAAACCUGCAGAAGUGGUCAAAAUUCUACAGACCAUGCUGCGGCAGAGUACCUUCCUACACCUCCCCCUUCCAGAGCAGAUCCACAAAGCCUCAGCCACCAUUAUUGAGCCAGCGGGCGAGUCAGACAACCCAUUGCGGUUUACAUCUGGGUUGGUGGUGGCCCUGGAUGUUGAUGCAACCCUGGAACACGUGCAGGAUCCUCAGAACACUGUGAAGGUCCAGGUCUUAUAUCCAGAUGGCCAGGCUCAGAUGAUCCACCCUAAGCCAGCAGACUUUCGGAAUCCUGGCCCAGGGCGGCACCGUCUUAUCACUCAGGUGUACCUCUCCCACACUGCCUGGACAGAACCGUGCCAAGUGGAAGUGAGGCUGCUGCUGGCCUACAACUCCAGUUCACGCAUUCCAAAAUCCCCUUGGAUUGAGGGUGGUGAGAUGUCCCCCCAGCUGGACACCAGCAUCGAGGGCACCAUCCCCUUCAGCAAGUCUGUAAAAGUUUACAUAAUGCCCAAACCCGCAAGGCGCUGAGUCACAAGCAAUCUUUACAGCUGUGGCCUAGAAGGCCCUUCUUGGGAUCAGAGUGAGCCAGAAGCCUGGAGCACUUCACCUGGAAAUGGUAUAUAGGCAUAAGGAGGAACAUGUGACCCUUAUAGUCUCAUCUGGUAUCAAACAUUGGAUAAAUUAUUUUGCAUGAAGAAAACAAAAACCUUCAAGUCUAUCCUCCCCGGCCCCCCCCCCCCCCCCCCCCGCACUCCUCCCUAGCACAGCCCCCAAUAAAGUUGAGACACCAAGCUGUUCUAGUCCCUGGUCCUUAAAGAAAUAGGUUCAACAUUUAUACUACAUUCUUCAGGUGUGAAACAAAAAGAUCCAAUUUUCUAGCCACUUUCCAAAGAACCAGUUAUUGGAGCCAGAAUCUUAUUUCUUAAAGCAAUAGUCUGUUUGCCAGGGCCAACUCCAAAGCAGCUUUCACAGCUGUACUUUUUCACCACCGAUAGUUCCUGAAGGGCCCUAGACUUUCAUUAUCUUGCAGAGAGUCUCCUUCCUUCACUCAGGCAGUAGCUGGCCAAGGACUGAAUGAACAGCUGAAGAAUUAAUCAUUCUCAUCCCUCAGGGAAAUUCUUGAUCUUGUCUGCCAUUAUCCUUAGAACCAAAAUAUGAGAGAAGAGCCAUAUCUUAGAAGAGAAACCAGGAUUAUGGGAAAGAGGGAUCCAGUGUAAGAAACAAAGUCAUUUCCAGCUCCUUCUCUGAUGACUCCAGUGUUAGACCUGCAUAUGAGUUAAAGGUGCAGCUGGGGUGUAAGAACAGUAAAGACUCUAAGAGAUGUGAACCAUGUGAGGGCCUGUGCUGUGUUCUCUACCUUCAUUUAAUCCUUGCUACAGCCAAGUGAGACUAAGAGGUUAAGUCACUGGUAGGAAAACUGUAAUAAUGCCUGUACUCAUUCAAAUCCAAGAUGAUUCCCAAGGCCUGAGCUAUAUACCACAUCAGGAGAAGUAUAUGGAAAAGAACCUUCAAAUUUCUCUGUGCUUAGUUUUCUCAUCUGUAAAAUAGAGAUAAUCAUACCUUAAGGGUUGUUGAAUAGGUUUAAUUAAAUAAUGCUUGGCAGAAUCUGAAUCUGUGGCCAGCCUUGAUCAUAUUUGGUACUCGGAAAGCUAAUAAAAAUAACAAGAGCAUACAGUUACUCAGAGGCAGAGCUGGAAUUUGAAUUCAAGCAUGUUUGACUUUUGGCUUUAUACACCUAAUGUGUGCCCAGGAGUGUUGUAAGCCCUUUAUAUGGAUUAACUCAUUUAAUCCUCAGAACUACCCUGUGAUGUAGGUACUGUUAUAUUUAUUUUAUAAACAAGACAAUUGAAGUUCAGAGAAUUUAAAGAAACCAGGAUUAUGGGAAAGAAGGAUCCACUAUAAGAAAUAACAUUUUCAACUACAUUUCUGAUGACUGCAGUGUUGGAGGUGGGAUUUGAACCCAGGCAGUCUGGCUCCAGGAGGUUAUAACUGCUAUAGAGGGACUAAGGGAAGGAGAUCACCUCCAUGGGAUUUACUUUUCUAGUGUGCUCGACUAUGUGGUACACCUCAGUGAUGUACCAUCCGUGGGCUCUCGUGUGUCAACAGAUGCCCUAAAGAAAAUUGCCUGCCUUAGAGAUAAAAUGAAUCUUAAAGCCAGGCUGAAUCAUACCAUGGCCCUCAUACAAGCACCUAAUGAUGAUUAUUGGGUUGAAGCACAGAUGAAAACAACACCCAUCUCUGCUAACUGAGCCUUUCAUGCCAUAGCUAUAGCAAGCCUUCCAAGGGAAGAAUAUGCUGAAUCCUUUUCAGAUACAUUACUCCUUUUAUAAAAAUCCUGUGUUAUUCCCCAUUUUACAGGUGGGGAAAUUGAGACUUUGAGGUAAUCUCUUUCUCCUCAUGGGCAGGGACAGGAUUUGAUCCUAGGUUUUAAAACCCAAAAUAGUACUUUCUGCACUAAAUGUGGAGAUACACGAAGGGGCAAAUUUUGCCUUACUAUCAGGAUGAGUUUUUAAAAACUGUGUAAGAAUUGAAUGGGCUGCAUUAGGAGAUAACGAAUUUCCCAUGCUGGAUAUGUUCAAGCAGAAGUUGAGCAAGCUCCUGACAAGUUUGUUGUAAAGGAAUUCAAGUAUCAACCUUUUAAAUUCCUUUUACUCUGGAUUCUCUGUGAAUUAUAAGAAUCUUGAUUUUUCUGACAAAGACCUGGAAGGGAGCAUAAAGAUGGCUCCAGUGUGGCACCCUCAUUUACAAGUGAAUGUGCAAGCCAAGGGAGACUGAGUUAGUAGAAGCAGGUCUGGAACCCAGGCCUCUUAGUCUAAUAUGGUUUUCGUGAUUCUAAUAAUGGUUUUCAUGACAGAGGUGUGUUGUUCUGCCUUUUCAGUGGCCAACCAUGUACCUCGUCAAAGCCAGAAACUGUGUCACAAACCAGGCAUCAAGUCCUUUAGAUUCUGCUUCCUUAAAAGUUUCAUUCCCCUUCUUGACUCAAUGUUUCUGUCUUCAUGCGGCCUUCAUCAUCACUCGUGAGGUAUGGAAUUAGUUUCCAUACCCUAGGCAAGUUUCUGCUUGCCUCUAGUCUUGCCCCCUUCAGUCCACUCUUCACAUAGCUGCCAGAAUAAUCUUUCUAAAACCUGGAUCUGAUCACACCGUUCCCCUGCUUAAACCCCUUUAAGUGGGUCACUUCUGGCCCCAGGAUGAAGUCUAAACUCCUAUUCUUGAAGGCUCUUCAUGCCCCUGCUGUCCUCUCCAGCCUCAUCCUCCGUGUCCCAGUCUCUGUACUUCUCCAGCUGUAGAGGAUUUUCUGCAGUAAUAUCCCAGUUCAUACUGUGCUCUCUCUUGCCUCACACCUUCGCAUUUGCUGAGCCCUGGAAUGUGCUCUUCAGAUUGUCUCCUGUGGUUCCUUUCUUUCUUCAGGACUGAGCUUCAUUCUGGUACCUAUCUGUGUCUCCUGUGGGCUUGGUGUAUUGCACAGCCUCUUAUACAUUCUUCAAGCAUAGUAUUUAUUGCAGGUUCACAAAUGCCAACCCCUGAAGCAGGUAGGCAGGGGAAAAAAGGGAUCAAGUGGCUUUGUCAAUCUAAUAAAUGCAUCUUAGGUGAUUUUCAUGAAUGUAUUUUUCAAAAUUAUGAAAAAUAAUAAUCCUUGUACAAAUUAAAAAAGGGGUGUGUGUCUCAAGUGGCCUGGAGGAAGAUAAUAGAGACUUGAAGAGUCAGCACAUUCUGUCAGAAGAAGGCAGUUGUUGUUCAGCUCCACUCAGUUGUUCAUACGUAUGGACCUGGUGAUGUCAUAUUUCCUAAUUCUUCCAGAAAAGCCAGAAGCCUACAUUUUCAUGUGAAAAAUAUCCAUGUUAAAAGUUUUGGUAACUAAAGUAAAUGUUAAAAUUACUCUGAGACAAACAAAAUCUGUCUCCAGGUAGAUUUGUGCCAGUUUGCAACUUUUGCAUCGUCACUGUAUGUUUACAUGUCUGUGUCUUCCAACUAGUCUAUGAAUAGCUAGACAGUAAGAAUGUCUGUGUUGUAUCCUCAGCAUAGCUCCUGGCACGUACCAGGCAAGGAAAGAACGAAUGAGUCCAUGAAUCCAGAGCAAGUUUAGCAGUGCCCUGACAUGCUGCAAAAGCCAGCCCUGAGAGUUAAGUUUCUGAAAGGACUUUAUAUUUGGCUUUGACGUGAUUGACCUCAGCAAACAAAAUUAUGGGGAAGGUACACACCUAGCACUUGGCAGACUUCUUGUCUUAGGAACUGCUCAAGCUAGAAGAAAUUAAGUGUGGGCAGAGUGAGGGCUGUGCAAGCAACUUACAAACUGAAUCAGAGGGUUUAAUGAUUAAGACGUGGUACUAAGUAUAGUGUCAUGGAAAAAGAGCUUCUCUCCAGGCUGUACAAAUUUCCAGUAUUGACCAUGCAGAACAGAUUCAGAAGUAGGGGAUGUUUAUUAGCAGGUUCUAUGCAAAGUUUAAUAACCUCACUGCCAGGUACUUCUGUCUCUAAGAAGUUUGUACUAAGUUCUGUUUAAUGUAGAGACAACUCACUUAGGAACACUGAUUACACCCACACCUAAUUCAACACCCACUAGAGCUGUCUCAUCUUACAUUUGACAAAAAGGUUUUUUUAAUUGCAUCAACCAGAGAAACAGAAUUUUAUCAAACAUCCCUCCUAACUAUAUAAAUGUCUGGUUUUAUGAGCUGAGGGAACUGAGAUCUAGAAAGAUCCUGUCAUCUGACAAAUGGCUGGUUGUAGAAAGGGCACUGAGCAGGACCUUCUCAGACCUCUAGGCUGAGUGUCAGGUCUGUGAGGAUUUCUCUCCCACGGGCCUCCUAAGGUGGUAGAAAGAAGUCACGACACAGCAUUGGGUUCUAAUCCUGCCUUUGCUGCUGUCUUGCUGGUGAACUGGGAAAGAUCACUUUCCAUUCCAGUGGUCUUGGCUCAUCUUUUCUGGCCAAGUCACAUCUUAAGUUGCUCUUCAGUCUGUGGAUUGGCUGUCCUGAGGUCAGAUGCCCAGUGGGGCCAGUCAGGUAAUAGGAUCAUUUGGAGCAAAAACCAGCUUUCUGGGCUGUGGCUUCAGCAAGGGCUGGGGUGGAGCAAUUUUAUUUAGUUAUGGCCAUGAUAGAUACCAUCCCUAGUAAAUGUUUAGUUAAAGAGUUCCCAAAUGUUUGGUGAAUAAAUGAACCUCUUCUUCUUGUUCUUUAAGACUUGUGUUAUGUCCUUAGUGAUGUCUUCCCUAAUUUUCCUCCCAUUCUGGUAGGAUAAGUUAGUCCAUGCUUUGUGCCACCACUCUGGACCUUGUAACUAUUAUAAUGUUAACACACUGUAUCAUUAUUGUCUUGUUUAUUUGUUUCUCUUACAUAACUCCUGAGGGCAGGAACUGUAACUUAUUCAUUCUUGUACCUCUAGGAUCUAGGGAUAAUUGGCCCUAAGACUAUUAGUAAGAAACUCUCAGUAAAUGAGUAUGAAAGAGAAUUACCGAAUAAAUGAGUGAGAGAAUAGAGUAGAUAAUUCUUUUGGGCUCCAACAUUCUAUGAAUCUAUGAAAUAAUAAGCUGCUAUAUUAAGAAACAUAAAAUGAGACCAGUUAGCUUUACAUAGCUGCCCCAUUAGGAGAAAGAUAAUGACAGUGGUUUCAAUUUAUUGAGUCCGUACUACAUGCCAGGCAGUGUGCUAAGACUUUGUAUGAAUUACCCCGCUUAACACCUACAGUAACUCCAGGUACUAAUAUUAUCCCUGUCUGACAGAUGAGAACAGUGAAACUCUGAGAGAUUAAAUAAAUGCCCAACAAGUGAGUGACACUGAAAGCCACAGUUCAAAGUCAAGGCUAUCUGACAACCAAAGCCGAUACUCAUAACUCUUCAAAGAGGGAGAAAAAUGAAAACUAAGGUAAUGCUGAUAACUAGUAUAAUUCUAUCAGUCUAUUCUAAGGCUUCACAAAGACCAUCUGGCAUUUAAUAGUACAAAAGCUGUCCAUGCCAGUAGGGGCCAUUAAAAGGCAUUUAGUCCAGCCCCAUGAUUUUAUAGUGAGGGAAUCUGAGGCAGAGAGAACUGUCUGGCAAGGCCCAGGCUUAGCUAGUAGAACAGCCUGCCUAGAAUCCUAGUAUCAAGACAUAGCUCCUUUUACUGUUAUUGGAGUGUUCCCUCAGUUCAUUCAGGGCUCUGCUUAUAUGUCAUCGCACAAAGAAACUUUCCCUGAGAACAUAUCUGAAAUAGCUCCUAUCACUCUAUUUCUUAUCUUGCUUUAUUUUUCUUCAUAACAGAUUCUUACAUUAUAUAUUUGUUUACUUGUUUAUUUUGACCAUUAGAAUAUAAGCCUCAUGGGCACAAGACUUUUAUUACUGUUUCCCUGGAGCCUAUAGCAGGCCUGACAUAUAAAGUACUUAAUAAAAAUUGGUUGAAUUGACAACUAAACAUUCCAAAUGUGAUUGCAAUGUGAUUUUAAUGCACUGAAACUUUUCUUUGGCCUUCAAACUUCAAUCAGAAGGCUUUCUUUAUUUUUGCCUAUUUCUGGCCUAACAUUUGCCACUGCAUUAAACUUUGGUAAACAUCUGUCUCCUCCCGUGAUUUUCAACACCCCCCCCCCAGCCCCCAGGACAGGGACCUUGCCUAAGUCAUCCAUGCAUCCCAACGC